AUGGAGGAGCAACCACAAGCACAAGAUCUCAGUGGGCUAUCACCAAACUUCCGCAGCGCGUUGCAAGAUCUCACCCACGAAUGGGGCUUCGUCGUCGUCCGCACCGCUUACGCCGCCGAUGAUGACGAAGCGCAAUGGGCCGUCGCGUUGGAGAAACUGCGAGCCUACGCCGCCCCGGCCGACGACCACCGCGCCGAGACGGCCCCGGAUACCUUUGCACUGCCCGUCAUAGCCAACUACAGCGUCUUGAGCGGCGCCGAUUACGCCUCCGUGCGCAAAGCUUUCAAUGGGUGGGUUGACAAUUUCGUUCGCCGCAAGAGGUCGUCGAACGACGACGAUGAUGAUAAUGAUGAUGACGACGACGACGACGAGGAUGAACAGUGGCCGUCCGACGUUCGCCGCGACGUCUUCAUUGUCAUCGACGAGCCAGCGCUCACUUCGCUUCUCAAUGCGCCAGUCUUCACCUUCGGCAAGGCCCCAAACCUCGACCUGGAGCCAUGGGUCGUCGCAGUCGACGCCAAGGACUCGGCGAGCGUGCCGUACGGUGGGGGAGGGCCGUACAUGGGCUUCACGAGGUCUCGCGCCCGCGUUCUGGGCCAGCUGUGGGAGGACCUCGGCGCGCGGUCUUUGGCGCGAUUGACUCCCGUUCGAGAGUACGACGGCCAGAUCCCGCUCUAUGACGGUUCUUCGCGGGGUAAGCUCGUCGAUCCUGCUGGCGGGCUGGAGUGGCGGUUCAAGUUCCCACGGGGCACGCCGCGAGGAGCGUACGGCGCAAGGGCCAUGGUAGAAUGA